AUGGAUCCGUGGUCAUGGAUAUGCGAGCUUCCAGAAUCUCCUGAGUUCGCUGAGUCUGAUUCACAUGCAGUGUUUCAGCUCGUAGACAACUUGACUCGUUCAAUCCAACUUAGGGUUGAACGAUCUUCUGCCCCCGACCCAGAGUCUCUCUCUCUCACCUUCAAAGUGGUAGUAGAAGGUUUUAACCGUCUUAAAUCGUCGACCAUAUGGGUUUCCGACAAGUGUACCUUGUUGUCGGAGAAACCAUUCCUUCCUCUGGUUCUCCAACUUCUUCGAGAAGUAAUCUCCCUUUCCCCAACAACACGCGACGGUGCAUGCACAAAGUCUGAGCUUCUCGAAAUCAAACCGGGUCCGGUUAACUGGGUCAUGGACUCUCACUCGCCGGAAUCCUUCUCAUCCGUCUUUAAUCUACUCCUCCUCACGCGCUUAUUCUGGCUGUGUGUGUUCGAUGCUCCUAGCGAAGUAGGCUCUUUCUUCUUCCAACACCUGCUUGGUCCUCACGUGAAGGCGCUUACGUGUCAACGCUCUCCUGUGUUGCGAACGUUUCUCGUCUCACUCGGUGUAGACGCCGAGCUGUGUAUUGUACGCGCCGCCUCUUACGCCUUAUCCAAAUGGAUGAUCUCCAAGGAAGUGGGACUUGGGAAUCUUGGCCUGAAACAGAUCAGCAGCCCCUUGUCACGUCAUUCAUUGGGCUUUGCAUAUGCAACAGAAGCCCAUGGGCUUUGGGUGUUAAAAGGCUAUUUCCCAAUCUCGUCGAUGAACGUCGCAAAUAAUAAUAGCUCUAACGAGGUUCACAACAAGAUCAUCAAGUUUCCGUUUGUGGAGCCUAAAGAAGCUGUCUUACGUUACGCUUUGUCGCACCAACAAGCUGAAAUAAUUGUUCAGUUUGAAUACUCAGUUAGGUUCCACGAGAGCUACAUAAAAGUGAACGCACGUGUCGACAACAUACGUAUCAACGUGUCGAAGCUAGGGUUUCACAAGGGAGGAGGAGGCCCGGAGAAUCAGAUAGCGGAUUGUUACUCGGAGGAGAAGUACUUCCCGUCGCGGGUACGGGUUUGGGUCGGUCCGGAGAUUGGGUCGAGCCACGUGUCUGGACUAAGCCUAGGACGGUCGACUAAGAACGAGGAGAGAGAGAUCGAGGUGACGAGAGUGUUAAAGGGAAACUUCGGGAAAGGGAAAGUGGCUCCGAGAGUGAAGGCAAGAGCAAGAAUGUCGACGAAGAGGAAGAUUAAAGAUUGGAGAAUCGAGCAGGAGAGCGAAGGAAACGCUGCCGUUUUCGAUGCGGUGUUGUACGAUAGAGAGAGCGGCCAAGAAGUGGCUAAUGCGAAGCCGAGAAACGAGGGGUUAAAGAAUGUGUUUUCGAAGAGUGGAGGGAUGGUUUUUGGAAGGGAUGAGUAUGGAGAUGAGGUUGGGUGGAGAGUUGGGAGAGAGAUGGAAGGAAGUGUGUUGAAGUUUAGAAUGGGUGGUAAAAUUUGGCUAACUUAUUGGCCAAAUAAGUUGAACACUUCGUUUUAUGAGACUAGAUGUGUGGACUGGUGUGAUGAGGUUGAUCUGCCUUUGGUUCCCACUUCUUAG